AUGGGCAAUCGCCUGCCCGCUGCUAUUCCUCCAGGACCUGCACGCCUGUUCCUGUUGGCUGCGACCACCAGUGUUGAGGUCACGGCUGCUGGCCCGUGGAGCCCUUUGCGUCGAGCUUGGGGCAUUGUGUACAACGCUGCUGACAGUCGUCCAUGUGCAUGCACACCCGUGGACGGCCGUCCGCCGCUGGCUGGACUGUCCAACGCCCGCCAUGGCCUGUCUGUCCACGCCAUCCUGUGCCGUCUAGACUCUGGCACCGCCAUCUGGGAAGGCCGGUCAAGACAGGCUCCCAUGCCUUUGUGCAGGUAA